AUGCUGUUCUUCUCCUUCUUUCGGACGUUGGUUGACAGAAAUGUGCAGGUCACAGUUGAGCUGAAAAAUGAUUUGUGCAUCACAGGUUGGAUUGCGAUCGCAUUUGGCAUUAUGUUAAAUGAUGGGCGUUCUCUGCGGAGUGGGAUGCUCCGCAACAAAGCUGGUGACCAGUACACAUCCGAAAAUCCAGCUCCAAUACACAGCGGAAAAAUCCAGCUGAAGAGUUGCAACGAUGUUUCUGCAAUGGAUGCCUUGCCACCGGGGGCUUUGCCGAGCUGGAUUCAGGUUUGCUUUGGGUCUGGCAAUGUGUGGAAAGAAGUGCCUUUCUCUCAGAUUGGACGUGGUCCUUUGCGCCCACCCGGCCCAGAAGCACUGGACAGUGGAAAGCCAAAACGAGUGCUGAGUGUGAAUGAGGAAGAAGCGAGAGUAGAUGGCAGAGCUACACCCCCUUGGUAUGAACAGCUCAAUAAGGCUGAGACUCGCCAAGAGGCUGUGCAGGAGGUCAAAAGAAAAGAAGAAAGUCAUGUAGCGACACAGGAGAGAAGGAGAUAUUUAUGGCAGCAAGAGCAGCAAAGAAAGGCGGAGGAGGAGCACAGACGCCGUGAGGAGGAACGUCAUGCUCGUGAAGCUGCUGCAGAAUAUGAAAGGCUUCGUAUCUUGGAGAAGUUGAAGAAGGAACGGGAGGAGGAGCAGCUGCGACAGUUUGAAGUUCUUCUAAUGAGCAAAGAGGAUGAAGUGUCUUCCAAAGCCAAUGCUCUUUGGAGACAACGAGAAGAUGUUGCUCGAAGGCAAAAAGAAGAGGAAGAGCGACAGCGCUUUGAAGAGGAACAUCUCUUAUUAGCUCAAAAGUUGGAAGAGGAGAGGGCUUCGAGACCACGAAUUGCCUUUGGCGUGAAGACAAGACAAGAUCCGGUCAAGGCUUCCAGUCCAGCCAUCAAGGUUCCGAUGAUUACCGAAGCCCCAGGGCACCCAGGAGUGGUGCAGGGCGAGUUGUCUUCCCUGGAUGUCCUGCAGCCUCGAUCUCUUGAAGAACUGCCUGAAAUGUCAAAUAGCUGGGACUCUUGGGAUACUUGGAGUGAGCCUGCAAAGCUUCCUGAUACUUUUCCGUCAGUUCGACCCAUGCAACCACUGGGGCAGCUGAGCGCGCAGCUUCAGCCUGAACAAUCCGUCCAACCGGUCAACCCCAGGCACUGCUUGAAUUUCAGAUCUUUGAAAGAUUGGUACGUAUUCCAGAUACGAGCAGUGUACCAGCAACACAACCCGGAAAAGUUAGCUGAUGUUCCGCAUCUAAUGCAAAAAUAUGCUGGCUGCGAAGACGAGAUGUACGAUCGCAUCUGUGAGAAGUAUGGUGUGCAACCAAUUCUUCCACCACGAAAUCUCGAACCGCUUCCACCACCGCCUCCCUCACAGUCGAAGGAACCGGAUCUCAAGGCAGUUGGCUUUGCCCGCAAAGCUAGCGCUCCAGCUCCGGUUCGCCGACAUGAGGUGAACCAAGCCAGUCAAAGCAAAGAGCAGGGUGAUGCGCCAUCGACCUCCGACCUGUUGGCAAGGUUUCAAAACCUCGUGAGGGAUAAGCCUGAAGGCCUGUCAAAAGGUGAUCAUAAGGCUCCACCACCGCAGGUAAGGCGUCAGUCUGCAGACCGGUGGCAAUCUUCCAGGAGCCCCCGACCUUUCCCUGGAGGCCUCCAUGUCACAGAUUGCUUGCAAGGAGCUUCACGAGGAAGGUCUCAUGACGGUCAACGAUCUUCUGGGACAGUCACAUCUCCAAUUGGAGCGAGAAUGAGGCUACCUACCCCCUCUGGACCGGAGGACAACUGCAAAGAUUCUAGAGGUCCUCCAAUCCCAUCCCGGGCUUCGUCGGGGAGGUCUGUUUAUCCGAUUGGACGCGCUCCACAGAGGAGUUUGAGCCAGCCAGAGAGGGAACGAGAUCUUGGGUCAGCUGCUCCGCCAAUAGGCAUGAGACCUGUGCCAACCCAGCAACCUGACAGGGCAGAGUGCAUCGCUGCGCCGAGACGGCGAAGUCCCUUGCCAAUUGGUGCCCCGUUGCGGGGCAGUGUCGGGAGGUGCUAUCGAGAUCGUGCAGCACAGGAGCUGAGAAGCAGCGGUCCUGGUUCACGAAGCAGGCUGGGACGAGGUGUGAGCCUUGAUCUCAUGUUGAUCUCAUCUUGCUUGCACUAUGUUGCACUUGAAGGUAUUGCCAGUUUCCGUGCUCAAAGGCAGCUAGACCAUGUCGGGAAGGAGGGUGAUGAAACAGCGGAAAAGACCGAGAAGACAAAGAAGAGCUUCUCAAAUCCAACAGUGCUCAAUGCUGCUUUGGACAUAGUGAAGCAGAAGAAACAGGAAGCAGUUCAAGCUGAGCAGUAUGACCAAGCAGCCCGCUUUCAUCAAAAGAUCCAGCAGUUGGAGGCCCAGCUCGCGCAGCUUGACGAAGAUGCAGAUGAUGCUGGAACUUCUAGUACUGGAGGCGUCGCUCACUGCUCUCCGCACCAAAUCCUUACCGAACUGUGGAACUCUUGGAACAGAGUGGAUAUAGUAGACCACAGGCCUGUGCAAUGCUGUUCCUGCUCUAUGUGA